AUGGUCCGUUUCGGGGACGAGCUGCCCGGACGCUAUGGAGGAGCGGGCCCGGCAGGUGGGGGCCGGGGUGGCGGUGGGGCCGGGGCUGGGCCCGGGGGCCUGCAGCCGGGCCAGCGCGUGCUCUACAAACAGUCCAUCGCUCAGCGGGCCCGGACUAUGGCCCUGUACAACCCCAUCCCCGUCAAGCAAAACUGCUUCACCGUCAACCGUUCACUCUUCAUCUUCAGCGAGGACAACUUAGAAUGCUCAACUCCUUAUUUUGUCUCCAUUUUUUCUGCCAAGAUUCUGGCCACAGCCGGCACUGAGUUUGACCUCCGGACCCUGCGAGCUGUAAGAGUGUUAAGACCAUUGAAGCUGGUGUCAGGGAUUCCAAGCCUCCAGGUUGUGCUCAAGUCCAUCAUGAAAGCAAUGGUGCCCCUGCUACAGAUUGGCCUCCUGCUUUUCUUUGCCAUCGUCAUGUUUGCCAUAAUUGGACUUGAGUUUUACAUGGGCAAGUUUCACAAAGCCUGCUUCCCCAAUAACACAGCAGAUCCGGUGGGAGACUUCCCCUGCGGCACUGACGCUCCAGCCCGACAGUGUGAGAAUGGCUAUGUCUGCCGAGAAUACUGGCGUGGACCCAACUUUGGCAUUACCAAUUUUGACAACAUCCUGUUUGCAAUCCUGACUGUGUUCCAGUGUAUCACGAUGGAGGGCUGGACAGAUAUCCUCUACAAUACUAAUGAUGCAGCGGGGAAUACCUGGAACUGGCUUUAUUUCAUCCCUCUCAUCAUCAUUGGAUCUUUCUUCAUGCUCAACCUGGUUCUGGGAGUGCUCUCAGGGGAAUUUGCCAAAGAGCGAGAAAGGGUAGAAAAUCGCAGGGCCUUUCUGAAGCUCCGCAGGCAGCAGCAGAUUGAACGGGAGCUUAAUGGUUACUUGGAGUGGAUCUUUAAGGCUGAGGAAGUCAUGUUGGCAGAGGAGGACAAGAAUGCAGAUGAGAAGUCUCCUUUGGAUGCAGUGCUGAAGAGGGCAGCCACCAAGAAGAGUAAAAAUGACCUGAUCCAUGCAGAAGAGGGAGACGAUCGCUUCGCAGACCUUUGUUCUGUUGGUUCUCCAUUUGCUCGAGCUAGUCUGAAGAGUGGGAAAAAUGACAGCUCUUCCUAUUUCCGAAGGAAAGAGAAGAUGUUUCGCUUCUUCAUCCGCCGCAUGGUGAAAGCCCAGACUUUCUACUGGAUUGUCCUCUGUGUUGUGGCUCUGAACACGCUGUGUGUGGCCAUGGUUCACUAUCACCAGCCGCAGAGGCUCACCAACGCACUGUAUUUUGCUGAGUUUGUUUUCCUGGGGCUCUUUCUCACUGAGAUGUCUCUGAAGAUGUAUGGCCUGGGGCCCAGAAAUUAUUUCCAUUCGUCCUUCAACUGCUUUGACUUUGGGGUCAUCGUGGGAAGCAUCUUUGAAGUCAUCUGGGCAGCGAUCAAACCAGGGACUUCAUUUGGUAUCAGCGUGCUGAGGGCUCUCCGGCUGCUGAGGAUUUUCAAAGUCACAAAGUACUGGAAUUCCCUUCGGAACCUGGUGGUCUCCCUGCUGAACUCCAUGAAAUCCAUCAUUAGCCUGCUCUUCCUCCUCUUCCUGUUCAUCGUGGUGUUUGCCCUGCUUGGGAUGCAGCUCUUUGGAGGACAGUUCAAUUUUAAAGAUGAGACUCCGACCACCAACUUUGAUACUUUUCCGGCUGCAAUUCUCACUGUAUUCCAGAUCCUGACGGGUGAAGACUGGAAUGUAGUGAUGUAUCACGGGAUCGAAUCCCAAGGUGGAGUCAGCAAAGGAAUGUUCUCCUCUUUUUAUUUUAUCAUCCUGACGCUGUUUGGAAACUACACCCUCUUGAAUGUCUUCCUGGCUAUUGCCGUGGACAAUCUUGCCAACGCCCAGGAGCUGACCAAGGACGAGGAGGAGUUGGAAGAAGCAGCCAAUCAGAAGCUUGCUUUGCAGAAAGCCAAGGAGGUCGCUGAAGUCAGCCCCCUGUCUGCGGCCAAUAUCUCCAUCGCAGCGUAAGGCAAGCAGCAGAACUCAGCCAAGGCCAGGUCGGUGUGGGAGCAGCGCACUAGUCAGAUCCGUCUACACAAUUUCCAGGCCAGCUGUGAGGCCCUGUACAGUGAGAUGGACCCUGAGGAGCGCCUCCGCUACACCACCACCCUCCACAUCCGGCCUGACAUGAAGACUCACCUGGAUCGACCACUAGUGGUGGAACCCCGUAGAGAAGAAGGGGUCCGGGCCCCCGCGGGCAAAGCAGGGGCUGGGGAGGCUCCGGAGGUCGCCGAGCCAACCAAGGUGUCCCCCAGUACUGCUGCAGAGGGCCCCGAGGUUCCUCGCAAGCACCACCGGCACAGGGAGAAGGAAAAGGAGAAAGAAAAGGAAAAGUCAGGGGCUGGGGAGCAGCAGGAGAAGGGAGAAGGGCUCAGGGAGGAAAACGGGGAGUCAGGCGUCACCUGUAAAGAGGAACGGCACCGGCAGCGCCGGAGCAGAAGCAAGGAGACUGGGGGCAAUAAAGAGGGGAAAUGCGAGCGUUCCAGGGGCCAGGAAGGGGGCCGGAGGCACCACCGCCGGGGUUCUGUGGAGGACGUCACUGCUGAGAAGGAGCACCGGCGGCACCGUGCCCACCGGCACUCAGCAGAGCCACCGGGCAAAGAAGGCAAUGGCACCGUGAGUGGGGCCAGGACCGAGCGGCGAGCUCGGCACCGGGGCGGCUCCCGCUCGGGGACCCGGGAAGGAGAGCCUGGACCCAAGGGAGAGAAUGGAGAGGAGCCUCCCCGGAGGCACAAGACCAGGCACAAAGCCCUAUCCAUGUAUGAAUCGGUGGAAAAGGAACCCGGAGAGAAGGACGGGGAGGCUGGGGAGAAGGAGCUGCGGAAUCAUCAGCCCAAGGAGAAUCAAUGUGAGGCAGAGGCCAGUGGCGGGAUGGUGGCCAUCCCCAUUCACACACUGCCCAGUACCUGUCUGCAGAAGGUGAGCGAGCAGCCAGAAGAUGCAGACAACGAGAAGAAUGUGCACCGCAUGACCCAGCCAUCCCUGGAAACCCUCACCAUACGCAUCCCAGUGACCCUGACUGCCCCUGGAGAGACCACAGUUGUUCCAAUGAACAACGUUGACUUUGAAGGUAAAAUAGAAGAAAAGAAGGAUGUGGAGGCUGGUGCUGGGACAAGGAGUGGACCCCGGCCAAUUCUCCCCUACAGCUCCAUGUUCUGCUUAAGCCCCACCAACCUGCUUCGGCGUGCCUGCCACUACAUCGUGAAUAUGCGUUACUUUGAAAUGGUCAUCCUUGGGGUCAUUGCCCUCAGCAGCAUUGCUCUGGCUGCUGAAGACCCAGUACUAGCUGACUCGCCCAGGAACAACGUUCUGAAGUACAUGGAUUACAUUUUCACUGGGGUCUUCACCUUCGAGAUGGUAAUCAAGAUGAUUGACCUGGGACUGCUGCUCCAUCCUGGCUCCUAUUUCCGUGACCUGUGGAACAUUCUGGACUUCAUUGUGGUCAGUGGGGCCCUGGUGGCUUUUGCCUUCUCAGGAAAAGGGAAAGACAUCAGCACAAUCAAGUCACUGCGAGUGCUCCGAGUCCUGCGGCCUCUGAAGACCAUCAAACGCUUGCCAAAACUAAAGGCCGUGUUUGACUGUGUGGUCAAUUCUCUGAAGAACGUCCUCAAUAUCCUCAUUGUCUACAUGCUCUUCAUGUUCAUCUUCGCCGUCAUUGCUGUGCAGCUCUUCAAAGGAAAAUUCUUCUACUGCACAGAUGAAUCCAAGGAGCUGGAGAGGGAUUGCAGGGGUCAGUAUUUGGAUUAUGAAAAGGAUGAAGUGGAAGCCCAACCCAGACAAUGGAAGAAAUACGAAUUUCACUAUGACAACGUGCUCUGGGCUUUGCUGACUCUUUUCACGGUGUCUACAGGAGAAGGGUGGCCAAUGGUACUGAAACAUUCGGUGGAUGCAACCUAUGAAGAACAGGGUCCAAGCCCCGGCUUCCGGAUGGAACUAUCCAUCUUCUACGUGGUCUACUUUGUUGUGUUUCCCUUUUUCUUCGUCAAUAUCUUUGUGGCAUUGAUCAUCAUCACCUUCCAGGAGCAGGGGGACAAAGUGAUGUCAGAAUGCAGCCUGGAGAAGAAUGAGAGGGCUUGCAUAGACUUUGCCAUCAGUGCCAAGCCCCUGACUCGUUACAUGCCUCAGAACAAGCAGUCCUUCCAGUACAAGACAUGGACGUUUGUGGUGUCCCCACCCUUUGAGUAUUUCAUCAUGGCCAUGAUUGCCCUCAACACGGCUGUCUUGAUGAUGAAGUUCUAUGGCGCCCCCUAUGAGUAUGAAAUGAUGCUGAAGGGCUUGAAUAUUGUAUUCACUUCGAUGUUCUCUAUGGAGUGUGUCCUGAAGAUCAUCGCCUUUGGGGUGCUGAACUAUUUCAGAGAUGCCUGGAAUGUUUUUGAUUUUGUAACGGUAUUGGGAAGUAUUACUGAUAUUUUAGUAACAGAGAUUGCGAACAACUUCAUCAACCUGAGUUUCCUACGGCUCUUCCGGGCAGCCCGACUCAUCAAGUUGCUCCGCCAGGGCUACACCAUCAGAAUUCUCCUGUGGACUUUUGUCCAGUCCUUCAAGGCUCUGCCCUAUGUCUGCUUGCUGAUUGCCAUGCUAUUCUUCAUCUAUGCCAUCAUUGGCAUGCAGGUCUUUGGAAACAUUGCUCUUGAUGAUGAAACUAAUAUCAGUCGGCACAAUAACUUUCGGACAUUCCUACAAGCUUUGAUGUUGCUGUUCAGGAGUGCCACAGGGGAGGCCUGGCAUGAGAUCAUGUUGUCGUGUCUCAGCAACCGUCCCUGUGACCCUGAGACCAAACUAAAAGAUGAAUGUGGCAGUGACUUUGCUUAUUUUUACUUCGUCUCUUUCAUCUUCCUCUGUUCCUUUCUGAUGCUGAAUCUCUUUGUGGCUGUGAUCAUGGAUAAUUUUGAGUACCUGACUCGAGACUCUUCCAUCCUAGGGCCUCACCAUCUGGAUGAGUUUAUUCGGGUCUGGGCUGAAUAUGACCCAGCUGCGUGUUGCCGGAUUCAUUAUAAGGAUAUGUACAGUUUGUUGCGUUGUAUUGCGCCACCCGUUGGCUUAGGAAAGAACUGCCCUCGUAGGUUGGCCUACAAGCGCCUGGUGCGAAUGAACAUGCCCAUUUCCAAUGAGGACAUGACUGUGCACUUCACUUCCACCUUGAUGGCCCUCAUCCGGACGGCUCUGGACAUCAAACUUGCACCAGCUGGGAUGAAACAACAUCAGUGUGAUGCAGAAUUGAGGAAGGAGAUUGCAUCUGUUUGGGCUAAUCUGCCCCAGAAGACACUGGACUUGUUGGUGCCACCACAUAAACCUGAUGAGAUGACUGUGGGAAAAGUCUAUGCAGCUCUGAUGAUUUUUGACUUCUACAAGCAGAACAAAAACACCCGCGACCAAGGUCACCAGCCUCCGGCUGUAGAGAUGCAAGAGAUGGCCCAGGAUGUCACCAGUGGUGAGCCCCAGCCAGGGUUGGAGAGCCAGGGCCGAGCAGCAUCCAUGCCCCGCCUGGCAGCAGAGAUGCAGCCCAUUCCAGACACAAGCCCCAUGAAACGCUCCAUCUCCACAUUGGCCCCGCAGCGCCCACAUGGCUCACACCUUUAUGAAUAUGGCCUGGAACGUGUAUCCUCAGGCCAGCCUCAGCAUCACCACCAUCAUCGCUGUCACCGGCGCAGGGAUAAGAAGCAGAAAUCUUUGGACAAAUGUCCCAGUCAGUCAGCAGAUGGAGAUGUGGCACCAAACCACAGUGUGGGGAUGGCAGCUCCAUCAGGGGAAGGUCCAGCCCCAUGUAAACAUGAGAGGAAGCAAGAAAGGGGACGGUCCCAGGAGCGGAAGCAGCUCUCUUCUUCCUCCUCAGAGAAGCAACGUUUCUACUCCUGUGAUCGAUUUGGGAGCCGGGACCCAUCACAGCCCAAAUCUUCCAAUGGGAGUCGUCCCACAUCACCUCCUGGGGGGCAGGAUCCAGGUCCCCAUAGACAGAUAGGAGUAUUUGAUGAGAGCCCUCAGAAUACAGUCAGUGCCCAAUCCCACCUGCCUCCUUCUUCCAUCCCUGCUAUCACAACUGUCUGUCCUGUCUACUUCUGUCCUGUCCUGCCACCACCUCGCCUGACCAAAGUGUCAGGAUAUUCUGAGGGUAGUGGUUCAGUUAAUGGGAGCCCUUUGCUGUCAACAUCUGGUGCUAGCACACCGGGCCGUGGUGGGCGGAGGCAGCUCCCCCAGACACCUCUGACCCCCCGCCCCAGCAUCACUUACAAGACUGCCAACUCCUCGCCUGUCCACUUCACGGGGCUCCAGACCAGCCUCCCCACCUUCUCCCCGGGACGGCUCAGUCGGGGGCUUUCCGAGCACAACGCCCUGCUCCAGAGGGAUUCUCUCAGCCAGCCGCCAACCCCAGUGUCUCGGAUUGGCUCCGACCCGUAUUUGGGGCACCGCGACCACAGUGACUCCUCCUAUCGGGCCCUGCCAGAGGACACACUCACUUUUGAGGAAGCCGUCGCCACCAACUCGGGCCGCUCAUCGAGGACUUCCUAUGUGUCCUCUCUGACAUCCCAGUCCCACCAUCUCCGUCGUGUGCCCAAUGGUUACCAUUGCAGUCUGGGGCUCAGCUCCGGCCCAGGGACUAGCGGCAACAGGGCACGGCAGAGCUAUUAUCACCAAGCCGAUGAAGACGACUGGUGCUAG